CCGCCCGACGCGUCCGUCGCGCCCCUCAUCAACUAGAACGACGAGCACGCCCCCCGUGCACCUCUCGCAUACUCGCCUGCGAUGGUGCGGAAGCCAAGCUCUCCGUCGAGCGAAGACUCGCAGAAGGAGAACACCGGCUUCGACGCGCGCGAACAAACGAAAUUAGUCAAGAACAGGAGCGCUCGCCUGGCGGCACGCGUCGAGGGCGACGAGGAGCAGGAGCAGCACGAAGCGACGCAGGACAACGACGAAAAGCUUGAUGACGAAGAUGGGGAAGGUGAAGAAGAGGAUGAGGAGGACGAGGGCUCGCCGAAAGGCCGGAAACGCGUGAGGGUCAACACGCAGGGUGAUGGGCGAAAUGCAGCCAUGAAGAGCAAGGGAAAGGCUGAGCCGAAGACCUUGCCUCGCGACGACGAUGGAUUCAUACCCGGAUCUAUUGUACGCGUGCAACUGCGGAACUUUGUCACCUACGACUAUGUGGAGUUCACGCCAGGCCCCUAUCUGAACAUGAUUCUGGGUCCCAAUGGUACCGGAAAGAGUAGUAUUGCCUGUGCGAUAUGUCUUGGCCUCAACUUUCCGCCCAGUGUCUUGGGACGUGCGUCCGAGCUCAAUUCUUUCGUAAAACUCGGCCAGAAGGAUGGUCAUGUCGAGAUUGAGCUGAAGGGCGCGAAAGGCAAGCCGAAUCUCGUCAUUCGGCGCAGCCUCAGUGCGCACUCGAAGACCAACUCGUUUAAGAUUAACGGCGAGUCGGCCACCGGAAAGGAGAUCAAUAACCGCAUGCAGGAGCUGAACAUCCAAGUCAGCAAUCUCUGCUCUUUCCUGCCUCAGGACAAAGUCGCCGAGUUCGCUCGCAUGUCCCCGCAGCAGCUCCUUAAGGAGACACAGCGAGCGGCCGGCAAUGCUAAUCUUACUUCCUGGCACGACACUCUCGUCGAAGCAGGCAAGGAGUUCAAGCAGAUGAAGGAGCGGCUGGAAGGUGACCAUGCACAGCUCAAGAACAUGGAGGAGCGCAAUGCGAACCUUGAACGUGACGUCAAGAAGUACGAAGAGCGUCAAAAGAUUGAGCGCGAAAUCGAGUUUUUAGAGCUUCUGCUGCCGUUCAAGGAAUACUCUGAGGCGAAAAACCUCUACGAGGCUGCUAGAGUUCGCAAGAAAGUCUUGCUCGACAAAGCCAGAAAGCUCAGGCAGAAGAACGAACCUUUCCUCACAAAGAAGAAGAAGCUGCAGGAGGAGGGGGAGGAGAUCGAGAAGGAACGCGAGAAGCGGAAGCGUGCUGCAAAGACGAGGUUCAGUACAAUGCAACACAGGUGGGAUGAGAGCGAGCGACUCGAAGCUGACGCUGAAGAGCUCAAGAACAAGCUUGACAACAUCAAGAGGGCCGAGAAGACACGGCAGAAAAAUAUUCAGGAUGCACAGAAACGCAUCGCUCUGAUCCAGGAAAGGAUCGACAAUCCGCCCGAGUUUGAGGACGUAGAGCAGCUCAAUACUGAAUUUAACUCUUUGAAAGCUGAGGGUAGAGAUCUACAAAUUCAGAUAGGAGAGCUACAGCAGCAGAUAAAGGAGCAGCUUGACGAUCAGGCUAGAUAUAAGCGCGAUGUCGAGGAUUACAAUUUACGUCUCCGGCAGCUUGAUAACGCGGACGCCCAGAAGCUUGAUAGUCUUGUUCGUUGGCACCGUGAUACUGGUGACACGGUUAAAUGGCUCCGUCAAAACCAGCACAGGUUCAAGAUGGCUAUCCUCGAGCCACCCAUGCUCUCUUGUAACGUACCUGACAAGAAGUACGUCAACGCUAUCGAAGCUUGCUUCAAUGCCAACGAUCUGCAAUGCUUCGUAGCCCAAUGUGACGAAGAUUAUCGGUUGCUGAACCGACUUGUUGCAGAUACCCCGGAGGCUUUGGGUCGCAAAGCUCGUAUCAAUAGUUGGCACCGGGAUCCGCACCCAGUUGCUCCACCUCCAGUCAGCCCCGAAGAGCUUCGCCAACUCGGCUUUGACGGCUACGCCCUCGACUUUAUCCAGUGUCCCGACGGUAUCAAGUGGUACCUGCAGUCGGUGAUGGGCCUUCACAAAAACGCCAUCGCACUGGACCCUCGCAGAGUGGACGCUCAGCACGUUAUGGACGUUCUCUCCAAAGACGGCAAUGUGUCCUAUAUCGUUGGCAACGUCAUGAACAUGGUGCGCCGCUCACGGUACGGAAAGAGACUUGCGCAAAACUCCACGCGAGAAAUCGGUCAAGCGCGGAAUCUUGUCGCUGCUACUGUCGAUCCCGCUGUCAAGCAGGGCUUUGAACGCUCCAUCUCUGAGGCUCGCGAAAAUAUGAAGAAGUAUGACGAAAGAAUAAGCGAGAUCAGCCAACAGGAAGCUACGUGCCGCAAGGAAUACGCUGAAAAGAAGAAGGGCUGGGAAGCCCUCGGGGCAAGAAAGAAGAAGAGCGAAGAGGAGCAGGUCAAGUAUAAACGUCUUAGCCACACCAUCAAGGAGAAGGAGAGAGAACUACAGCGUCUUCAGAACGCUCCUUCGCCUGAGGCUGAACGCACCAAGCUGAAGAAGGAUUUGCUGCAAGUUGCCUCGAAGCGUAUCCGCAUCGUCAGCGAGUACGCUAGGAGUGUUCGCCAAGUCAUCGAUGAAACCGCACAGAUGACAAGACUGGGUCUUCAGUACUUGCAGAUCAGUGCCAACAAGAAGGAGGUCGACAGAUUAUGGGAUGAGCGUAAUGAGGAGUUUAACAAAGUUAAUGGUGAACUCCAGAAGGCAAAUGUGGAGUACCAGGCAGCGAAAGAGGAUGUGAGCUAUAAGCUCAGGCUUAGCAAGGAGAGGUUGGACUCAGUCAACGACGAGACACGCGACCGCUUCCAGGAGAUGGAGGAGGUACGGAACAUUAUGCUCGGCUCACCUUCAGGCACAACUCACGGCGAACCCGGACAGUCUGGUCAGAAAGACGAGCGGACUGUGGAUGAGUUGCACCACGAGCUCGGCACCCUACGCGCACAGCUCGAGAUGAACAUGCAGACCAAUGCCGGUGUCGUCGAGCAGUUCCGGAAGCGGCAAGCCGAGAUCGCCACACUGUCCGAGACGAUUGCGGAACGUGAGGAGAAAUUGGAGAAGGCCGAGAGCCGUAUACAGCGCACGCGCGCUCUAUGGGAGCCUGCGCUCCGUGACCUCGUCGAUAGCAUCGGCGAACGGUUCAGCGCCGCGUUCGACCGCAUUGGGUGUGCCGGCGAGGUCCGCAUCGCCGAGCACGAGGACUAUGAUCGCUGGGCGAUCGAUAUUCUCGUCAAGUUCCGUGACGACGAGAAGCUGCAACUCCUGACUGCUGAGAGGCAAUCUGGCGGAGAACGCUCGCUGACUACCAUUCUUUACCUCAUGAGCCUGACCUCGCACGCCCGCGCACCCUUCUCUCUUGUGGACGAGAUCAACCAGGGUAUGGACACACGAGCAGAGCGCGCUGUGCACAACUCGCUCGUUGAUGUCACCUGCAAAGCCGAUGCGGGCCAGUACUUCCUCAUCACGCCGAAACUGCUUCCCGACCUCGAUUACCACGAGCGCAUGAAGGUGCUUUGUGUCAAUAACGGCGAAUGGCUUCCCGAGGAGGGUGUCAGCGGAAACCUCAUGGGAAUGAUCGACGCCUUCGUGCACACGCGUGGUGGCAAUUAG